AUGGCAUUACUCUUUUUCCGGGCCAAUAAAUCAAGCAAAUCACUGCUACUUUUCGGAUUUAGUCAAAAUACCGUUUCAUUAUACAAGUUCCUUUACCGGACGGCCGUUUCAAACAAAUCUUCUCUCCUUCUUUCUUUUCUUUUUUUUCUUUACUUUCUAUCUUUAUUCCUUUCUUUAUUGCUUUCUUUUCUUCUUUCCUUUUUAAUUCUUUCUUCAUUUUGUCUUUCUUCAUUUUUACUUCUUUCUUUUCUGUAUUCUUUCUUUACUUUUCUUUCUUUCUUUACAUCUUUCUUUAUUGACUUCUUCACUACUCACUUUAUUUACUUCUUUCUUUCUUUCUUUACUUUUCUUUCCUUAUUUAUUUACUUCUUUCUUUCUUUCUUUACUUUUCUUUCCUUAUUUAUUUCUUUUUCUUUCUUUCUUUUCUUUCCUUAUUUAUUUACUUCUUUCUUUCUUUCUUUCUUUACUUUUCUUUCCUUAUUUAUUUACUUCUUUCUUUCUUUCUUUACUUUUCUUUCCUUAUUUAUUUACUUCUUUCUUUCUUUCUUUACUUUUCUUUCCUUAUUUAUUUACUUCUUUCUUUCUUUCUUUACUUUUCUUUCCUUAUUUAUUUACUUCUUUCUUUCUUUCUUUACUUUUCUUUCCUUAUUUAUUUUACUUCUUUCUUUCUUUUUCUUUACUUUUCUUUCCUUAUUUAUUUACUUUUUUUUCUUUCUUUACUUUUUUUUUCCUUAUUUAUUUACUUCUUUCUUUCUUUCUUUAUUUUUUUCUUUCCUUAUUUAUUUACUUCUUUCUUUCUUUCUUUUUUUUUCUUUCCUUAUUUAUUUACUUCUUUUCUUUCUUUCUUUACUUUUCUUUCCUUAUUUAUUUACUUCUUUCUUUCUUUACUUUUCUUUCCUUAUUUAUUUACUUCUUUCUUUCUUUCUUUACUUCUUUGAUUCUUUCUCUUUUUCUGUAUUUGCCUCUCUACAUAUUGUAGAUUAA